AUGGCUAACAACGAUCUGCUCAAAUGGGUCACCAGCGAUGUCGACUUCUACGAGCUCCUUGGUAUCGCGUUUGAGAACUGUUCUGAAUCAGAACUCCGUCGCGCAUAUCGCAAGACAGCGCUGAAAUACCAUCCCGAUAAGGUGGGCAAAAAUUUCGACCCAGAGAAAUACGAACUGUUCCAGGCUGCGAACGAUGUACUCAGUGAUCCAGAAUUGAAGGCGAAGUACGAUGGUCACCGACAAGCCAAGCUCCAAAGACAGAGGGCUAAUGAGCUGUUUGAGGGCAAGAGGCGGCAAAUGAAGGAGGAUCUUGAGGCGCGUGAGCGAGGCGGAGCCACAGCUGGUGUCAAGAGGUCGAGGGAAGAUGAUGAGAUGCAACAAGAGCUGAGGAAGUUAGCUGAGGAGGGAAGGAAGAGGAGAGCCGCAAGGGCAUCUAUGAUGGCAGAGACCGCUUCCUCCCCAGCGCCAGUCCCGCGCAAGGAAGCCACACAAGAACCAGUCAAAGAACCAGUCGAAGAACCAACGAAAGAAGGAUCAGCAGCCAUAACUGAAGAUCAACCCGAAGAAGACGAAAUCGAGCGACUAGAACGAAGGAUACGGGAAGCUGAGCAGGCCAAAGCAAAGCGAAAAGCAGAGAAGAAAGCCCGGAAGAGUGGAAUCUUUGUCCCUUCUGACUCUCCAGCUGUUCCAGAAGCUGGGCUAAAGAUGGCAGACCGAGACACAUUUACACCCAUCAAACGCCCCGAUAUCUUCAAAGGACCGAAAGCUGACGAGAAGCCUUCAGCAUCACCGAAAUUCUCCUUCUCUCCAAGUACACCCAAGAAGAAUGACUUUGCAGCUACGAUGGCUAGAUUAAGGGCUGCUGAGAAACAGAGAAUAGAGGAAGACAUCUUGCAGAAGGAAGCCGCAGAGACUGUGAAGUAA